GGUUAAUGCAUUUAAACUGCUGAUAAAGAUGGCGAAAAUUGUGCCAAAUUAUACCACAUCCGGCAAAAAUACCGAACCGGCAUCGAGUCUUGCUGCUGCUGUUCUUGCGUCUUCGACGACGUUGAGGAAAGUCGUUUGCCCAGCACUGAGGAAGCUGUGAAGGAAAACAGGGCUUGAAGGAGCAUCGAACGAAACGACAGAAAGAGAGCGAUAAUAUCGAGCGCAACCCCUCGGUGUGACAUAUUAAAUUGGGCGACUUCUCAAAAGCUAUACCCGAUUGGGACUCACAGUAGUGCUGGCAUGCAGAACUAAAUUUCCAGGAAAGUGGAAAAAUUGCACGAAAGGGAAAAUUAUAAUAAUAAAUAAAAACAGUUUGGUUCCCGGCCACGGCGUGUGUAUAAGAGAGAGUAUCGGUGCCGUUCUUGUUGGAAGUGUGCUUUGCUUCCCAAAUUGCAGUCGCUGUAAGAAUCUUCUAGCUGAGGGUUCCUGGAAAAGAGUGAAUUUUAUGGCACUCCUAGUGCCGGUGGUCCAAAGUCUUAUGGGAAGGCCUCGGUAGUUUCAAACUUCCUGAAGAUAGGCAACCGGCAAAAAAGCCACGACAAUCACUGGAAGUUGCCAGGGUGCAAAACUUCAGGCGCUUCAGCAGUACAGGUGCCAGGCAAAAGACGAGCAAAAGUGGCGCGCGCGAGUUCUGUGUCAUCGUGCAUUGUGUGAAUUUGGCCCCAGGCCAGAAACUGACGGAAAAUUUGUGUGUCUCCGUGUGCCGCCAUCUGUUGGUUGUUGCCCGACUCAGUAGUUUAGUGAAAAAUAUCAUAACAAUAACCGCACACUCACAAUAAUCGUGGUUUGUAGCUGCUGGUGCUGCAAAAGUACAUUGGAACAUCCUCAAAAACGACAAAAAGGAGGUUUGAGUGCAGUAUCGCAAGCCGGAAGAAGAAAGGAUCAACAGUGCUAGAAGUAGGGAAGAAGCAUAGACACAUCGGAAGAAGCUGUUCCCCCCGGGGGGAAGAACAGAAAAGGAAGAAACAAGAAGCACAAAACAGUUUCCACAGAGAAGUCAGUGUGAAGGCAAGAUAUUGCCUCUGGGAGGAUUAUUUACCCAGCCAAACCGAACGAACGAACAACCCGAAAGAAAGAAGGACGCUCUGGAGCUGAGCUAGUUCCUUCAAACCAGCCAGAAAGUUAAGCACACACAACAACUCAAACACUAAAGGUGGAAAAUAAUGGCCGGAUAUGUGUGUCAUAUUUUACUAUUUUUUCUCUUCUUCGCCCAGGAAACGGCUUACGGCACAUCGUUCGGAAACUCCCUGUCAGAUACGCUGUCCGAUCCAGACUUUAUCGACAGCCCACCGAUGAGCCAACCCAAAUUCACCUCCCGGUCCCAGUCGAUCCGGGCUGUCAUCGGAGAUACUAUUUCACUGCCGUGCGAUGUCGAGAAUCUAGGUAACAACAUCCUGCUGUGGCGUCGAGGGAGCGCCGUCGUGACUGCGGCCAAUCUCAUCAUCACCCGAGACCUCCGGUUUAAGCUGCUGAAGGGCUACACGUUGCAGAUUAAAAACGUUCGGCCCCAGGAUGCCGGGGACUACAGCUGCCAGGUUGGCGACCACGACAAUCGGGAUCUGGUCCAUACGGUCGAAAUUCUGGUUCCGCCCUCGAUCCGGUCCACCCAGGAGGCGGGCCACGUGACGGUGCGGAAGGGCGGGGCGGCCACGCUCGAAUGCAAAGCCAGCGGGAAUCCGGUGCCCAGCAUCAGCUGGAGCAGAAAGGAUUCGUCGUUUGGAUCCCCACAUCUGGCUGAGGGACCGACGCUUUCGCUGGAGAACGUCAAUCGGCAGGACAGUGGAACCUAUCGGUGUUACGCGGACAACGGAAUUCGGGAGCCCGUGUUUGUCGACAUCCAACUCAUCGUGCUGUCACCACCCGAAAUAACGGUCGAGAAAACAUGGGUCCAUGCCGGCGAAGGAUACGAAGCCCAGCUGGUUUGCACCGUUCAUGGCGAUACGACACCGGAGUUUGUGCAUUUACAGAACCUGCAGAUGAUGUGGUACCAGGAUUCGUUCCUCCUUCAUCCGAACGACCGCCGAACGAUGGACACUCGCGGAGACAAACACUAUCUCAAGAUCCGGAACGUCCGUCAGUCUGAUUUUGGCAAUUACAGCUGCGUGGCGGAAAACUCGCUUGGUCGGGCAAAAAAGUACAUCGAAGUUUCGGGACGCCCCGGGCCAGCCCAAUUUCACUCGCCCAUGUACAGCCGAUAUCGGGAAAUGUACAACCUGACCUGGAGCGUUGAGUCCUUUCCGGCGAUCGAGGAAAUUCGAUUACUGUACCGAAAGCUGAUGAUGAACGAGUCUUAUCAGCAUCCGGGCAGAUGGCACGACGUAAUCCUGAACCCGCCGUCGAGCCGGGCUGAAUCAUUUCGGCACAUCAUGACGUACACAAUCCGGGGCCUGGAUCCAAACUCGGUGUACGAAACGAUCGUGCAGGCCAAAAAUCGAUACGGAUGGAACGAGGUCAGUGAUAUUUUCCAAUUCUACACCCUGAGUAGUGAUAUGCCGGAGGAAACCGUCGAGCAAACGCUCGGAUCGACGUCCUUCGGGAAUCCCUUCUCCUGGAACAGCGGUGUAGAUCCCUGUGUGGUUCUCAACUGGAUUCUACUGGCAACUUCAACGAUAUUUAUGCUUGUUUGUGGGCGUCUGUAAGCGGCAUGUUUGAUGAAUUUAACGGCAUUGAGAAAUCUUUUCGUUCGGCUGAUUUUAAAUAUUUCAAUAUUUAAGAAAAUAAAAACAUAAAGUUAUUUUUAAUUCUUAAAAUUUCGUUCAUGGGAAUACCUCGCUUAGUUCUAUUUUGUAGAAUUACGCGUUUUCGGAAGGUAGCAAACUAGCAAUGCCAAUGUCCAUCAGCUUGAGUAAAAUAUUUUCUAUAUACAUAGUGAUUCUAGUGCAGUAAGGAAAUUUAAGUGUAAGCAGGAACGUUGAAUUUCUAAGAAAAAAAAAAGGGAACGCCAAAGGGCUUUGACAAGACAAGAGACGAAAUGUAUUGUGUAUAAAUUAAAAUGUUUAUUCUUAUUCUUACUUGAGAUCGCAUCUUUUGUACAUUCAUCGGGCAACACUUUCGUAGGCUGAUUGUAACAUUAAGCUGAUGUAUUUUAAAAGAUCAAAUGUAACUUGAAAAAAAAAAUAAAAAGAAAAGAGAUAACAGAGGAUAAUUCAAAUAUUGACUAAAUCUUAAGUUAAGCUUAGACGAUAAGUGAUUGUACUGUAGGAUGCUAAAAUAAGUGAAUCUGGACUAUGGCCGCUGUGCCGUUUGUGAAAAUAACAAAUCAAAUGAGCCAACCAUAUGCAGAAAACAAACCAGUAAUCUCCUGCAAAUCGAACAAAGAGAUUUAUACAAAAUAAUAAAAAAGAUAUUUUGAAAAACCGAA